AUGAAGGCCCUUGUGUAUACUGGUCCCGGAACCGUCGAGGUGCUAGAACGCCCCAAGCCUACCAUCAAAGCACCCACUGAUGCCGUGGUUCGGAUGAUGCAUGCCUCCAUCUGCGGCACGGAUCUACACAUCCUCAAAGGCGACGUGCCCAGCGCGAACCCGGGAUUGAUCCUGGGCCACGAGGGAGUUGGAGUGGUCGAAGAGCUUGGCGAUGCAGUCCAAGGUUUCCAUGUCGGCGACCGGGUGCUGAUCUCCUGUAUGACCAAGUGCGGUUCUUGCAAGUACUGCCAGCGCGGCAUCGCGGCUCACUGUGAAACUGGCGGAUGGGUGCUGGGGAAUCGCAUUGACGGCACUCAGGCCGAAUAUGUGCGAGUGCCCCAUGCACAGCUCUCCUUGCAUACCCUGCCGGCAUCGAUCGAUCCCCGGGCAGCUGUCGCUAUCUCGGAUGCCUUCCCUACGGGCUUUGAAUGCGGCGUGCUCAGUGCCGAUGUCCAGCCGGGCAGCUCGGUGGUAAUCAUUGGGGCAGGCCCCGUGGGCAUGGCGACCCUCCUCACGGCUCGUCUCUUUACGCCUUCUUUGAUCGUCAUGGUGGACUUGGACGAUGCCAGGCUACAGACCGCCCGCAAACUCGGGGCACACCAUACCGUCAAUUCGUCUGCGCCGGAUGCAAAGCAGAAGCUCCUCGACUUGACGAACGGUGAUGGGUACGAUUCGGUAAUUGAGGUUGUGGGAAUUCCCGCGACGUUUAAGCUAUGCCAGGAACUGGUUGGGGUUGGCGGGCGGAUUGCCAACGUCGGCGUGCAUGGCACUAAGGUCGACCUCCACCUGGAGACCCUCUGGGACCGCAACAUUAGUAUCCACAUGGCCCUGGUAAAUGCGAGCACCACACCUCGGCUCCUACGACUGGUGGAGUCGGGGGUCUUAGAGACGGGGUCGUUGGUGACGCACCAUUUUGCCUGUGGCAAGGCCGGCCAGGCCUACGAAACUUUCCGCACCGCCGCACAGCAUCAGGCGCUCAAAGUGGCGAUAGAUUUCUGA